GAAGAGACCUCGGAAGAUGGUGCUCUCAAUGAAGCAGUCCCCAUCCCCAGGUGGAGACAGUCGGGAAUACUCCCCUUCCACCCACUACUAUGAUGCCGACAAUGAUGAUGGAUGGUACCGUAAUGAAGGCAGGGACCACACCACUGACAGCAAAGGAUACCUGGAUCCUGAGUACAGGGGAGGGCGGGACUACAACCACAGGGGAAGGAGCCGCGGGAGAAGCCUGGAGAGAACCUCGCCCAGCACAGACAGAGCCAGGAGGGAGGGCAGCCGGGGACGAGCCCUGGAAACCAGUGGCGACCGUCAGAGGUACCACAGCCGAGGACGCAGUCCCGGGGAAAGUUCCAAAAUGGAGGACAACUUCGAGCGAGGAGGAGGAGGAAGAGGAGAAAGGUAUAAGAGCAGGGACCAGAUUAAUGACAACCCUCCAUCCCCAGAACCUUCCAAAGAGCUGGAGCCGCUGGAGAAACCUGUAAAUGUCCUGCUGGUGAAGAACAGACCCAGCGAAGGGAGGAGCUGUUUUGUUUGUCUGUGUUACAGAUGGUGGACAGCGGAUUGGGCUGGAGGAUUUGCUGUAUAAAGGGACCUGUGUGGAGGCCGCGCGCUCUCUCCUCCCUUUCCCCUACCUCCCCAGCCAGACGGGGUGUUCUGGGGAAAACCUCCUGGUGUAUUAUAGCUUACCCUUUGUUGUAUUUCACCUAUGUGCUGGAAGUUAGUGGUGUACUGUUGAGAAACAGUAGGAGAGAGCUGCCAUUUAUUUUGAAUAUUGUUUUCUCCUGUUUUCUGGCCAGGUAGUCUUAGUAUUAAAGUAUUAAAAAGUAUUUGUUCUUUCCUUUUUUAUUUUUCUUUGUUGUAGGAUUAAUUAUUGGGAUGGGCAAAGGUGGUUUUGUUUCUCCCUCUCCCUGAUGUCUUGGUCUUCUAUACCAUCUGUGAAUAAAUCUAACAUUAACCGUCAGAAUAUCCCGUAGCCUUUUGAUGAUUUAUGGGGAGUGGGGAAAAGAAAGGAGACAUCGUGUUGCGCUCAGGCCUCCCCUAGGCCGGGCGUAACAGAAGUGAAAUUAGACUCAAACUCGACAGAAAUGUGUAUUGCAUGAUCUACAAAUGUAAAAUCAGAUUUACACCUGUAUAACGAUUUGGGCAUAAUUUUGGGUGCGUUCAGCCCACACACAAAUACCAAGCAAUUUAAACACGUUUUACAAAUAAUCACCUCACAACCUGAAUAAAUAUUUUAUGUACUGGUUUUAA